UGAAGUCUUUUAAACCUGCCUUUUUCCCUUAAUCAUUUUUCUGUUGUUGCUUCUCUCUCUCUCUCUCUCUCUCUCUCUCUCUCUCUCUCUCUCUCUCUCUGUCUUUCUCUUUGUCUCUUUCUCUCCUCCCUCCCUCCCUCUUUCUGUCUCCCUCUUUCCCCCCUCUUUACCUUCAUUGCUUUUUUGGGGGGAGUGAAUGAGGAUUGGCUUGGUUGUUUUCAGAAAACGGAGCUGGAUCGAUGCACAGAUCAGUAUCAUCCUCAUUGGAGUGGCUGUCACAUGAAAAGAGAAAGAAACGGAAACGGCAUAGCACAGUAAAGAUGCUAUCCUGAGUGUUGCCUGUAUAUGAACUGGACCAGUUGGUAGAGCUUUCCUGGAUAGCUUUUGUUUAUGACAUGAGGCAUUGAAGCUGUCUAUCAUCUGUCUUUCCAUGGAAAUGUACCUAAAUCCAUAGUGAUCUCCAUAAGUUAAAGAUCCUGUUUUAUAAAUGGCAGAGGCAAAAAAAAAGGAUUGACAGUAUUUAUUAAGUACCCAUUGAUGGUGUGAAUGAAUUAAUCAGCCCUGUUAUCACAGUAUCUACAGGGGACCUGAUUAAGAGCUUCUAUCAGCGCUGGAUAAAACAGUAGAUCUCAAAAAGUCUUGGAAAACUAGAACCAUCAAAGUAAGUCACCUUCGAAUAGUGGCAGAGGCAGCCUGCACUGAAGCAAACCUUCCUUCUGUGUGUGCCAGACUUCUCCCCCAAAAGAACAUGAAAGAUCCUUCAAAACACCUGUAAAGUGAUGACCAUCAUAUGGGAAUUUGAGAAGCUGACACAUGACAUAGUUAUGAAUCAAGUGAGAAAUAUCCAAUUUCCAUGAUGUCUUGGAAGGCCUUACCACAAAAUAAACAAGAGGAGAAAAAUUUAACAACUUUUCAUGUGUGUUUGCACAAUGGAUUUCUGUGGGUGUAUACAAAUCUGAAGCGUAAAUUAAGCCAGCUUUUUUUUUAAAGUUCCCAAAUCAUAUGUAGAGGCUAACAAUUGUGACAAAAGGUUUUUUUUAUAUGCUGUCUCUCUGAACCACUGACUUGUGGACAGUACAGAAGUUACUUGUAGAUUUAGAUUUUGAAUAACCACUAGGCAUAGACAAUUUCCUUGGAAGUAAUCAUGACUGAUAAUUUUACAUGUAACAAGACAGAUGGAGACAAUACAGAUUUCCGGUACUUCAUUUAUGCAGUGACAUACACUGUUAUUCUUGUGCCAGGUCUCAUAGGGAACAUAUUAGCCUUAUGGGUAUUUUAUGGCUAUAUGAAAGAAACCAAAAGGGCUGUGGUAUUUAUGAUAAACCUAGCCAUUGCUGACUUAUUACAGAUUCUCUCUCUGCCACUGAGGAUCUUUUACUACUUGAACCAUGACUGGCCAUUUGGUCCUGGUCUCUGCAUGUUUUGUUUCUACCUGAAAUAUGUUAACAUGUAUGCCAGCAUCUACUUCUUGGUCUGUAUCAGUGUGCGAAGAUUUUGGUUUCUCAUGUACCCCUUUCGUUUCAAUGACUGCAAGCAGAAAUAUGACUUGUACAUCAGCAUUGUUGGCUGGCUGAUCAUCUGCCUUGCCUGCCUACUCUUUCCUCUCCUUAGAACCAAUGAUGAUACUCCAGAGAACAGAACUAAAUGCUUUGUGGAUCUUCCUAUCAGGAACGUCAAUCUGGCCCAAUCCGUUGCCAUGAUAACUAUUGGAGAGGUGGUUGGGUUUGUUACUCCUCUUAUGAUUGUUUUAUACUGCACCUGGAAGACAGCUUUGUCAUUACAAAAUAAAUAUCCCAUUUCUCAACAUCUUGGAGAAAAAAAGAAAGCCCUGAAGAUGAUUCUCACCUGCGCAGGGGUGUUUCUAAUUUGCUUUGCACCUUAUCACUUCAGCUUUCCUUUAGAUUUCCUGGUUAAGUCCAAUGAAAUUAAGAGUUGCUUAGCCAGAAGAGUGAUUCUAAUAUUUCAUUCUGUGGCCCUGUGUCUGGCAAGUCUGAACUCCUGCCUCGACCCAGUUAUAUAUUAUUUCACCACUAAUGAGUUCAGAAGACGUCUUUCAAGACAAGAGUUGCCUGAUAACAUCCAACUCCAUACAAAAUCAUACAAAAUUGUGAGUAACCAUGUCACUUCCACCACGACAGCUGAACUAUGCUAAAUAAAACCCAGAACUAAACAUGGCCUGGAAGGCAAAUACCAGAACACAUUUGCAGUACCCCACUAAGACAGUAUUCACAGAAAUUAUUUAUAACCUUUCAGUGUGUUCUAUAUUACUUACAUGUGGAAUGCACAUAUUUAUGACAAUACCUGUUUAGAAUAUUUUAUUUCAAUGUCAUUGCUGGUGACAUGUCCAUGCAGUGAUAUUAGACCAAGUCUGAAGACUUAAGUGGUGAAACUUUGAUAGCACUCUGUGCACAUAUGCUCUUAGCUAGAGUCACCAGCUUUAUCUGUGAACCUAAGUCACAAAGAGAUUACUAUCUCAAGCACAUUUUAAGCACCGAGUUUUCUUACCUCAGAUGCUGAAUCUAUGUUCAAAAGGUGUGCAACUGUACAUUUGUAGUAGCGAUCACAUUUGCAUUCCAACAUAUUUGGUUGUGUUUAAAGUGGGGUGGGCAAAACUUUAUGUGUACAUAAUGUUACAAAAAUAGGGUAAUUGUUAUCUCCCAGGUUUGAUUCCAUUCAAAUAAUUGAAACUCCAAUGCUUGAUUUCUUCAAUGUUGAUGUUUCGAUAUGAAACAUCAUCUGUCACAUUACUUGUUGAAUGAAGUUCUGAAAUCAAGCUCAGGUACACUUAAACUAAGAACAAGAAACAUUCAUAACACACAGUAAUCCUCUAAACUGUAUAAAGUGCUACAUUGAAUAUUCCCAGUGCAGGUAGUUUUCAACAGUUAACCCAACAGGACUCAGAUGGCCUUUAUGAUUUAGAGAAAGAAAAGAUGUGACAACCACAAUUCUGGCUCUCUGAAACUAGGUCCAAAGAAUACCUUCAGAUAUGUAAGAACCUGCCUAGUAGAGGAAUAGUUUUUCAUCAUAAUUUAGAAUUACAAUGAAGAAAUUUGACAGGUUAUUACUGUAUUUACUGAGCCUAUGGAAGAAACAGUACAUCAAUUAGUCACUAAGCUUGGGUAGAGUGAAAAUAUGAUCUAAAGUUAAGUAUAAGUCUUAAAAAUCACUAUUGUCCUUCAAACAUUCCCCAAGAUAAGUGGUGCCUAUUAAGGCAUCUACACAAGCCAGAGUAAGACAUAAAAACACUGGUCAUGUGGACUUUUAAAUCUGCAUUUUUUUCCAGUUAAGUUAUAUGAUUAGCCUAUAAAGAUUACCUCUCAGAAACUUUUGGAAGCAAUUCUUUCACCUUUUGAGAAAAGCGUGGAUCAUUCCAGCAGCCUUAUAUACUCCUUGCAAAAGUUAUGUCUACUGUUUGGUACUAUUGAGCAGGAAAAACUUGGGUAUAUGGCUGUAAGUACUGGAAUAUUCUGAAGCCUGACAUACAUUGUAAAUAAGAUUACUUUUUAGAAAUCUUUGAAUAAGAGAAUGGGGAGAAAACACUCUUCUUAACAUUGAGAAAAUACAUAAAUCAAUCAAGGAAUGUACACACACAAUACAUGCAUACACAGGUACAUACAUACAUAGAGUGUAGUUUUAGGCAUAUAGCUAAUGAUACUAUAUGUUUGGGGAAAACUCAUUAAAUAAACCUGAAUUUUAGCUUCUAAUACAAGUGCGAAAUUUCUAAAGUUUUGUCUGAGUAAGUAACAAAAAUGUAUUGCUUAUGCUUGUACAGUUUAUGAAAAAUAAUAAUGUAUUAGAAAAAUGAGUUUGUGCUGCUAGCAACAGUAUAUUUAUAUAUUUCCUAGUUAUUUCUUGUAAUGUACAUAUGAUUGGAUGUGUUAAAUAAGUGUUAAAUUUUGUUUUCAAAAGAGAAACUAUAAAUGUGUAUGGUCUACUUGUUUUAAAGUGAUUUCUGUUUGUGAUUUUGUAUUGUAAUGAGAUUACAAGUAAUCAUUUGUGAAACUAUGAAACAACUGUGGGUUCUUGAAAUAAUACUCAGACUUAAAAUAUCUAUGCUUACUAUUUUUUGUAGCAUGUGUUACCCUUUUUAAAGUCACUUUGGGAGAUCAUUGUUUGAACUUUUUCUAACAUUGAUUUCACUAUCCUCAUACCAUUUUUUGAGGGAGAGGAAAUAUACCUAGGAAAUUAUUGACCAUUGUAGAGUAGAUGAGAGUACAACUCAUUUGUUAGAUAUUCCUUCUUCAUCAUUUGGGGAUAAGUCAAGUGUCUAAUGAUUUUAUGCUAUUUAUCUACCCAGACCUGUCUAUCUGGGUUUAUAGUCAGCAUCUGAAUACUGAAUCAGAAUACUUUUCCUGAAUCUUCAUCUUCCUUGUCAAUACAUUUGAAUUUUGCUCCAUCCCCUUCCCCUUUUCGUCAACUUAUUCACAGUAAGGUGCUAAUUAUAAUGUUAACCUCAUACUAAUUUACCAAGAAAUAUCUGAAGUUCAUUCCUUCCAAAUAGGCAUUAACACAAAGUGGAGAAAUUCAAAUGGAGCGAUUGCAGGCACAAGGAGAUGUGGUAGCAGGGAAGACACUAUAAAGAAAGUGAGUCUUAUAGCAAUCCUUUCAAAGAAUGCAUUACAAAUGACCUUCUAAUUUGCUUGCCAUUAUGAGGAUGCUAAAUUCCAAGAAAUACCUACUUAAACAUGGGUAUACAUUUUCCAGGUAAUUGUUUGAGAUUUUUUUCUUUCACCAUCUCUCUCUUCUAAAAAUGAACUUAGUUUUCAGAGGAAAAAAAAAGACAAAAAUCAAAAAAACUAAUGUCAGAGAAAAGUAGUACGUUGGCAACUACCAAGCAGCUGUCUCUUUACUGAGGUUCCAUUAUGCUUGCAAAGUCUUUUCUUCAGAUCUCUUAUUAAUCAUUUUGAGUUCUGUAAGAUUGACUAAAAAGAAAAUCUGAAUUAUGGCAGUGUAUAAUUAAAAGUAAACCAGCUCAUAUUUCUAUUAUUAAGUUGUUAAAUUUUAGUCUUAAAAUUAAGCAAAUUAUUUUAAUAAGAAAAUUUGAAUAUAAAAUUUCAAUGCUAAUAAAUUGUCUCUAUUGUUGCUUUUAUUAUUUUAAUUAAAUGGUUUAUAUGUUAUAUGUUUUCAUUGUCAUGUAAUAAAAUAGCAAAUCCUAUCAAUUAGUAGUUUAUGGAGAGGAGCCAUUUGCCCCACUAAUAAUAGGUCAAGUUUCCAUGCUCUAUAAGAAUUCAUCAGUGGAACUCUGCACAACUUCAUUUUUAUGCUACCUUUUGGGUUAAUUUCCAAGACACUGUGAAAUGUUGUUACUGGAGUUUAUUUACAGUUCUUAUUUAUAUGAAUUUUAAUAAUAAAGUUUAUCUCUGUAAUUAAAUGGAA